UUGUAAACAUUUCUUGCUGCCGACCAUGUUAUAACCAUGUGGAGUUAUCCCCGAGCAGCUUUCUGUGUUCUCUGUGCUUGCCAGAAGCGCUUCCCCGUGAAACUUGUUCAGAGGCUCUCUGCAACUGUUUCUAGCAGUGCACUUCCUAAAGAUGUUUCUGGCGAGUUCCCGAAAGUGUACAACUCAGAAGAUGUGGAGGCUGGCUGGUUCGAUUGGUGGGAGGCUAGUGGCAAUCAUGGCCCUUGCAAAGAGGCGAAGGAAGAAGGCACAUUCAGCAUGGUGCUGCCCCCACCAAACAUCACCGGUGAUUUGCAUCUUGGCCACGCACUGACCGUCACCAUACAAGACACACUGGUGCGCUGGCAUCGCAUGUGCGGCAAGCGAGUGGUGUGGGUACCCGGCUGCGACCAUGCGGGGAUUGCCACCCAGAUGGUGGUGGAGAAGAAGAUCUGGGCUGACCAGGGGAUCACACGGCAGCAACUGGGACGUCAGCCAUUCUUAGAGGCAGCUCACACGUGGAAGAAGCAGAAAGAGGCCAACAUUCUCAGGCAGCUGAAGAGGCUUGGUGCAUCCCUUGAUUACUCACGCUUCUUGUUCACUAUGGAUGAGCCGAUGAGUGAAGCGGUCACGACAGCGUUUGUGCGGCUCUUCGACGCGGGUCUUAUCUACCGGGAAAAGAAGAUGGUGAACUGGUGCUACUGGCUACAGUCGGCCAUCUCGGACAGUGAGGUCAAGCAUGUCGCCAUAUCCCCUGGCGAGAUUCUAAAGGUGCCCGGAUCAGACACUGGAGUUGAAGUUGGCUUCCUCGAAAGAGUUGCCCUUCCUAUUGACAACACUGAAAUCGAGGUUGCAACAACCCGACUAGAGACAAUGCUUGCAGACACAGCUGUGGCCGUCCACCCUGAAGACCCACGUCACGCUCACUUCAUCGGUCGUCGAGCAAGGCACCCAAUAACUGGCCGAGAGCUGCCUGUUGUGGCUGACAGCCUAGUAGACAGAAGUUUUGGAACAGGGGCUAUGAAAGUGACACCCGGCUACAGCAAGGUGGACUAUGCGCUGUCCAAGAAGCACUCCCUACCUAUCCUGGAGUGCUUUGAUGAUGAGGGUAGGGUCAUCGAAGGCUACGAAGCAUUCAGUGGCCUGUCGCGGUUUGAAGUGCGAGAUGCCAUCCGUGAACGACUGCAGCAGAUUGGGGCACACCGCAGUCGCCUGCCGCACGCAACUGCAGUGCCUGUCUGCAGCCGCUCGGGGGACCUGCUCGACUUCCGGCUCAAGCCACAGUUCUUCCUCAGAUUUGAACGGCUCGCACAGGAGGCGCUGCAGGCAGUAGAGAGUGGAGAGCUGGUCUUUGAGCCUGACCACUGCCGGAAAGCCUGGGUGGAGUGGCUCACAAGAACCGAGGACUGGUGCAUCUCUCGUCAAUUGUGGUGGGGCCACCAGAUUCCAGCCUACAGAGUGCUCAAUGCUGACAGCGAGGACGUGUGGGUGAGCGCGGCCACUGCGCAGGAGGCAGCUGCCAAAGCAGCUGUAAAGCUGGGAGUUGAGCGGGAGGAUGUGCUCCACCUGCGACAAGAUGAAGAUGUCCUGGAUACGUGGUUUUCUUCGGCCCUCUUUCCCUUCUCCGUGUUUGGAUGGCCACAUAACACUCGGUCUCUGCGCAAUUUCUACCCGCUGUCCCUGAUGGAGACCGGACAAGACAUCCUGUUCUUUUGGGUGGCACGCAUGGUCAUGCUUGGCAAAGAACUGACCGGACAGCUGCCCUUUACGAAGGUGCUGCUGCAUGGCAUGAUCCGGGACGCAGAAGGGCGUAAGAUGUCCAAAUCUCUUGGCAAUGUGCUUGAUCCACUAGACAUUAUCCAUGGAAAGUCUCUGCAGGACAUGGAGGCAACAACUAAUGAACUGCACCGGCAAGGCUACAUUGGUGAAGAGGAACUGCGCACAGCAUUAAAAAGUCAGCGGCAGGCAUUCCCCAAUGGCAUCACUAAGUGUGGCAGUGAUGCGCUGCGCCUGGCUCUGCUCUUGUACGACGUCACAGCAACCAACGUCAACUUUCAAAUGAAGGAUGCUGUCUACUGGCUUCACUUCUGCAACAAGUUCUGGCAAGCAACGCGUUUCUUCCUGUCGGCAGCUGAGAAGCUUGGCAACUCUCCGCAGUUUAUUCCCCUGUCCGAGAUUGAGUCUCAACUGAGCCUGACGGACCGCUGGCUUCUGAGCUGCCUUUCACGUUUCGUUGGCACCUGUAACGACUCUCUGUCUACCGGGACACUGCACCACUUCGCUGCGGCCAUCCAGACUUUUGUUGUUCAGCAGCUCUGCGAUGUAUAUCUGGAGAGCAUGAAGGCAGCGGUUUGGGAGAGCCGCACUGCAGAGUUGGAGCGGACGUGCAGCGUCCUCUGGGUGGCUCUGAGCACCACACUGCGCCUCAUGGCCCCCGCGGCGCCCUUCCUCUGCGAAGAAGUCCACCAGCGUCUGUCUGCCCGCUUUGACAAGGGGGGACCCUUUCCCAGCAUCUGCACGGCUCCUUACCCCACAAGUGAACAGUGGUGUUCGUGGAGGGCCGAAGACUUGGAGCGUCGCAUGCAGCGAGCCCUGUCCAUUGUUUCGUCACUACGCAGUGCCAGGCUGACAUGUGGGCUGAAACAGCCCAGAGCGCUUGUGAAGAUGGAGGAUGAAAAUGCUGACUUUGUGCGUCAGCUAGCUCCAACUGUGUGCCACUUGGCAAAGUUGCAAGAACUCACGGUGUUGAGCAGUACCACUCUGUCAUGGGAGCCACCGAGUGAGGCCCACUGGACACAGGCCAUGGUGGACUCCAAUGCGGACAUCUAUAUUGAGACUGAUAGAGCAGCAGUUCAGGCGGCGGUGCAGCAGCGCCUCAAGCAGCUCCUCUACAGGCUCAACUCCUUGGAACAGCGCCAGUCGCACCCGAGAUACAGGUUCCAGAACUCUACUGCAGAGCAGGCCCGACACACAGAGCAGAUUGCCGACAUGAAGAAAGAAAUCAAAAGGCUGCAGGAACCUUAACAUUCCACCGACGCAGCUGUCCUUCUGUGUGUUCAUGAAGCCCAAGGAUGGCAAGGCGGACAAUCCUUACGGAUAAAUGUGAUCCCGGUGCUUUGUUCACCUAAGUGUGUCCCCAUAAACAUAAGUGCUCCUUUGCCUUCUUUCGCAACAACCAUGUGAUCUCAUAAGGUGGCUGUUUAAUUAAAUAAGGUCAGUUUUCCCCAGAAGAGGGGAACAAGCUCUGCAGGGAGUGUUCAACAUAAUAUACUGUUUGUGUAUGAUGAUGGUCAUGAAAAAAAAAUGAUUCAGCAAAUCUGCCAGUUAUAACUAGGCUUCUUAUAUCCAGGAGUGUAUUUUCAGCAAACAUUGCCAGACAUUACUUGUUGUUCUUGUCUGCUUUCGAAAAUCUUUGUUUGAAUGUAGUGCUCUCUGAAAAGAUCAAAAGGUAGUGAUUAUUGGCAAAAAAAAAAGUCGAAAAGAGGCACCCAGUUUGUGGUCCUGAUUUCAUUGCUUGAAGACUCUGUUACCAGCAAAAUAAUAUGGAACAGUUGUGCAAAAUGAAGGGAAUAGGUAGGGCUUUUCAUUGCAUUUUUGUUGCAGAACUUAUACAAACAAAAACGAGGAAGCAUGUACAUUAGCAGAGCAGAUGGAGCUUUAAUCAUCGUUGCAAAUAAAUUAAUCAGACACGGCCAAAUUCGUGCCUCUUAAAUCACAGAAACCCAACGGACAUUUUCAUGUUUACCGUAUUUACACGAUUGUAAGUCGACUCGAAUGUAGGUCGACCCCCCCCCAAAUGUGCAUGUCUCAAAAAAAAAAUUGGGGAUGGGGGGGGGGGGGGGAAACCACGCGAGUGGGAAAUUUAUUGAUGGGGUUGCAAAGACUACUCAUCAUCACUAGAGUUGACCUCACUGGUACUGCUGCCGUCAUAGCUGCUGCGGUCCCACAGCACGUCGUCAUCAAAAGUUAGUCCACACUUCGCAAACGACCGCACCACGACAUCGCGCGGUACAGCUCCCACGCAGAGGACCCACCCACCCACACACAGUAGCCAGAGAGGCCAAAUUUUCUCGCACUGAAGCCGCCACUGCCGCACCACACGUUCACUGACUCCAGACUUGCGUCCCGCUGCGCAGUUGUUAGUUUCCUCAACAUGGAGGAUAGCAGCCCGUUUGAACGCUGCCGAGAACAAGCGCCGAAAGUUCUUGGCACUCAUGACAGGCGCGACGAUUCAGUACAACAGCAGAAGUGACAGAUGCGCGCGGCCGUCGAAAACAAUCUUAUCUCAACAAAAAGCUCUUCCGCCAACUACUAAUACCCCCCAAACGACGGCUCUUCCACCAACUACCAAUACCCCCCAGCGGCGGCUCUUCCGCCAGCUACCAAUACCCCCCAAACGGCGGCUCUUCCGCCAUCUUCCAAUACCCCCUAAACGGCGACUCUUCCAUGAUCGAUGCUCCCACAAGAGCCGUGCGCUUGUGGUGCGCGCAAUCAAAAUGUAUGCAAUACAGUAAAUUAUUACGCUACGCUUCUACCGUAACCAUAAAAACGUAGGUGUAAAGUUGUAACCACGCCGUAGCGCCCCUGAUUUCUUGUUUCUCUUGCUGUUACUAGCGGUACACGGUUCGGUUUCGAUUCUAAGUCGACCCCCCAACAUUGGAUUGCCAAAUUUGAAAAAAUGGGUCGACCUACAAUCGUGUAAAUACGGUAUGUUGUGGAUUGUGUUAAUGAUAAACCACAGGCUGUAUCAUUUACGGUAGUUUCAGCGCUUGAAAUCACAACGAUGAAGUUUUUUUUAAACAUGUUUAUUGGUAUUUACAGUCUGAUGGAAGAAAAUGAAAAUUCAUGUAGUCUCACUAGUAAACUUGGAACUGUUUGAAUGAAUGAACCCAUUCUGGUCCAGUGAUUCCUGUAAGAAUCGUAUUACCACACUAAGAAUAGCCAACACGGAAAAGAACAAAAGCCGGAACUAACUUGAGAAAUCUUAGUGCCAGCAACCCUAAUUACAUUCAAGCCCCAUUGAUGUUUUUCAAGGGCGCGCAGAAAAAAAUGUAACAGCCAGGAAAACGGCAACAGUGAGGAGGGCUCCUAAAUGAAUGAGGCUAGUAUCAACUUGAAGCUGUGUAUUUCUUCACACUUUCCUUUCAACGCCUAAAAAAUUGAGAACUAAGCCUGUUUCCUUUGUUCAUUUGUCAACACCUGGUAUUUCUCGAGCACUUGGACGGCCGUGUUGCUGUCCGUGUCACAUUGAGGGGCAACAUACCUCCACAGGAAGUCCAGAGCCCAUGCUGUCUCCAGAGUCUGAAUCUGCAAGAUCCUCUUGUAGGCGCAUUUGUCAUUACCAUCACUGGUAUGGGCAUUGUCAAUAACAACGGAGCCUGCCGCAAUCUCAGCCAUGCUAUAGUGCUCUGACGUCACGACAUCAUCCACGGAGAUGUAGUCGUCGUACGUAACUCCGAUGGCACCCAACACACCCAUUGCCUCAUUGAGGAUGUCACAGUCGGUAGUGGCUUCUGCUGAUUUUUCAGGCUCUUCUGCUUUACUGCAGUUGUUUCUAUGGCCCUGUCCACAUAAAAGCCACACCUCGUGAAGUAGUGCUGUACAUUAUAUGCACUGAGCGCACUCAGUGCUGUGGCGUUGCCAGACCCAGUCAGCAAUGAACUUUUUCAAUAACAGCAUUAGUUCAUUGUGUAAUUCUAAAAUUGAAGCUAGUCAGUUUGUAUUCAUACCCCAUUGGGUGAAAGCUUCACAACAAACAGCAAUUUCUAGAAAUAUGCACUCAAGAUGCAUAGCUAUUUGAGUUAAAAUUGUUUUACACUGCAAUUUCCCAGUGCGAAACAAUUUGAACAGGAACACUAGUGCAGUAUUUUACCACAGAUUUUCUGUAUGAAACUGAUGUUUUAAGCUGGUACUAGUACUAGCAAAUGUGCUCGAGCUUUUUGUAGUGACAGCCUUGAACUUUACGAUUACAACAUGCCUGUUCAUGUUUUUAUUCAGUGAAUUUUCAUUCAGUAAUCUAUCAAUGAUUAUCACAUGGACCCUGACAUCCACCACCAAAAAUUAUAUGAUGUGGGCUGACAUUAUGCACUCUCAGUAUAUGAUGCAGCCUAAACCUAUAAAGGCAUUGUUACAACUAAUAAUUGUUAUAAGUGUGGUUACUAUAACUGUAUUGCACUGUACUAGAUAUUUUAUCAGUGUUGCUAUUAUACCUAACUGUACUGCACUAUACUAGAUGUUUAUGUUGCUUUCUUUUGGCCAAAGGCAGUUGAAUUUCUUUGCUGGAGUACUUGUAGAGAAGAGUGCUUAGUCAUGGUGUAAUGCUUUUGCUUGCAGAAUUGUCCAAUGCUCAAGCUUGAUGGUAAGGCAUAUUUAGGAAACCAUAGUGCAUGGAGACACAGAUGGGGAAAAAAAGGUCAUGCAUGCACACUACCUGCAAAAGUAUCUUUUCUUUAUUCUUCCCCAACCAAUAUUUAUACUCCACAACCUUGCUGAGGGGGUGAUUUACAUAUCACAUGGCAACAAGUGAUUUCUCCACACAGGUUGUUGAAAAACGUUUGGUGGUAGUUGGCGCUCGUGUAUCAUCUUCUGUCUGUCCAUGUGGCCAUUGUCUGUGGUUUUAUGAAUAAUAGUAUAAUUGUUUUGUGUUUUAAAGUAACCCUGAAUGUCAUAUUGAAAUCUUUGGGCAACUUGUAAGAAAUGUUGCUAUAAAAAGGAAAGGAUGUUUCCAAGGCACUACUGAUGACCAACCUCUUUGGGGCCAGUGUGUUUCCACCGGCCAUCUUUUGCUCAUGGCUUUGGAGGUGCCCAGGGGGAUGUGCUUUCUGCCACAUAAGCCUCGAUGUGAGCCUUUAGUGUCACUGCUUGCUUCGCUGGCAACAUGGUUGUUGCACUCUUGUUAAAAUCUUAUUUGCAAAUGGUUCGGGAGGUGCCACUAAACAGGAGGUCUACUGUAUUUCACCAUAGUUGGUGCAGUGUCUGUGCAUACAGGGUGUGCCACACAACUUCAGCCAUGGUUUUAAUAUAUGUUGGUGCAAUUAUGCUACCUUUCAAAUUAAAGUAUGUUGCUGAUGACUCUAUGGGAGCAAGUACAUUCUGCAUCAGCUGCAGGCUUAUUGGCUGAUCCAGAAAGCAAGCUGCAAUGAUCAGGCAGCCUAAUACUAAGAUUGUAUUAUGGUAUUACGGGACAAAGCUGUCUAGGAAUUAUGCGUUGACUGCCGUAAAUGGCUCAGGCUUGGUUACACUCUAACGUUGCUUAGGUUUUCACGCUUCAUUUCAGCUGUUUGCACGCGACAGCUUCUGAAGACAUCCACUUGUGCCGAAGCACCUCUUGAACCGAGACUAAAGAGCGCCAAAGCUGGUCACGUGGUGCACUCUGUAGCUGCAAUCUAUGCAAAAAAAAUAGCAACUCCCUUCUCCAAUAUGCACAGUUGAGCAGUGGGUUGUGUCGACCUUCUACAGUCUGCAACAUCUGCAGAGAACCUUCCCUUUCUUGUAUCUUUGACUUUCCCUCUUCCUCUAACAGGCAGCAUCAGUCGCCAUUGAGCACAUAGAAGUGACACUCACCAGCUAAAGCGCAUGCAUACACUCUCCGGGACCCCAGAGAUUUGGUGAAAUGCCCCAUUCAAUUCUUAUUAACACUAUGAAUAUUUUUCUUAGGGAAUUGCAAUAUGAAAACCUAAAUUAUCAGAUAGGAUUACAAGAACAGUUAGCACGACAGUCAUUCAAAGUCAAUGCUUUACUUCAGCCAGCCAUAAUUGGUGUUAAUUUUAUACAACAAAAAGCGAUGGCAUGAAGUCAUAUGCAGUGUAUACUGUAUAGACUCGUGUAAGGUGUACGGUUUUCUUUUUUGCAAUUUUGACGAGGUGCAGCCCUUUCACAGGACCGAACCUUUUGGUCAAACUGGUGCGGGUGCAGCCAGUGACUUGUGCACACCCUGGCUCUAGCCAUCUAUUAGUGGCACACGGAAGUGCACACCGCACGAAAGUUUGCCGAUGUGCGCACGGAAUUGGAGCACCAAACACGAUUGCUUCUUCGUUGGAAAUUUUUCCCCCCCACAUUUUGGGCUGCUAAGUUGCGGGUGUGGCCCUUACAUGGGUGCGUCCCUUACACAAGUCUAUACUGCACUAGUAGAAACCGAUUGCCACCGUGAAUGCCGCAGCGAGCAUCUGCGUCGCUGCCUGUUCAUUUUCGCAGCGGCAACAUGCCAGGUUGUAUGUCUUGAGAGCACUGCGGUCAUGUCAUUGUCAUGGCAUAGUCAUGUUCUUGCUUUUCCAUAUCUCGUACACUUUUUUAAUGCAAAAAUGUAACGCAAUAGAUGGGAACUUAUCAAACCUCAUCACAUGUUUGCAAGAAAAUUCUAUGGCUUUCUAAUUGGAACUUUUCCACUAGAUUCGGGAGCUGUGAUGUUGGUUGAUUAAUCUUGCCUCAUUAGAUACUGUGAUUAGUCCCAUGGAGUCAUUGGCAGAAUUCUUUAAACAGUGUCUUUGAUUAGUACAGAGACAGCUUUUGUAAGUACAAGCUGCCCACAUGUACUUUUUGUCAAACGCACACAUUGUUUGUGUAUGCAAACGUACCAAAUGUUGUAAGAACCUGUGAUAUGUACGUUAUUGUUAAAUGUUCAAGAUUAAGAUUGUUAAUUGCUCUCAGAUAUGUCCAUUUGAAUGUUUGUAGUUCAUUGGUUGUGGACAGCAGAAUGCGAUAACGGCGUUCUAGUGAAGCUCUGUCCACCUCUGUGAUGUUAAAGAGACUAAAGAGAAACACUAAAUCUGUGUGACAUCACAUAUUUCAAAGUAUCGUCUGGUACUUGGGUCUUAGCUUAGCAAAAGCUCUUGAAACUUGCUAAGGCAAUUUUUCGGCUCUUUUAGAAUACGAUCUAGGUUCUUCUUUACUACUGAAAAAUUAACUAGGCAGGCUGCGUCAAGAUCCAUGACAUCACGACGAGCUGAUGCGGGAACUUCAAGGAGGUGGCCCCACCCGUCUCUGCGUUUUUUGUGACUUGCUGAGCCUCCUUACUGUAAGAGUUUCUUUUUUGUAAUUUUAGGAGGGUAAUUUGCUGAUACAGCUGAAAUUAUUUUUAAGUGAGGAAAUACAUUUACUGAUAGCACUUAUUGCGCUCUCGGUAAUUUGUGCCACUUGUGUUAUCACAGACUUCUCGCAGCAGUUUUGUGAAAUGUCCACUAGAGGCUUUCUUGCACGGUUAUAAGGGGGCAUACUGGCUGUAUGAUGUUUUCUUUUGUUUUGUAAUUAAUUUGCAACGUGGCAUUAUAAAAUUUGCCAUGAGGCACAGUGAAAUUAUUUCAAAUUGUUUAUGCCACACCUUAAGUAUGGUGUUAGGUGAGCUGUAAACAAGGCAUGUGACUGCAUAUAACAAAAUACACUCUCUGCUUUUUUUAUUAUUAUUAAUAGAAAAUUCGACACCAUUUGUAGGCCCCACAAAGCACCGGGAAAGCAUCUCCAGGAUGCAGAAAUGACAGAGUGGCAUCGUGUUGAUGUUCCAUUUGUUUAGCAAAUUUUCAGGUUCUUGGUUCAGCGCCCCCCUUAUACAAAGAUGGUGGACUCACUUACCGACCCAUGAAGGGGACUCCUUGGUCUACCGCCAAGUCCUCAAAGCUAUAAAAAAACCCUGGACUGGAACAUUUCAUUAAAGGAGCACAAAACAAGGCAGAGGUUGAUAGGAAGGUGGAGGCUUGAAGUGAUUAACACUGGUAGCACAAGGAAUGUCGCUGAAGCCAACGUAUCGACAAGUGGACUUGUCUUGGUCAUGACAGCCCUCAGGAAGACGAAGUCUCCUUGUUGAAACGUUGGCUUCAGCAACAUUCCUUAAUUGUUCUGCCAUUGUUAAUUACUUCAUUAAAGGAGUAGUGUUACAUGGUAUUUUCAAAGUUGUAGACAUGCUUCUACCACGUAAAAGGAUUGCAGUUGGCAAGUAUGAAGGUUGUGAAAGAUACUUUAGUUUGAUAAUGAGGUUGGUCCAAAUCAGAUUCUCAAAAUGCCAGACCUGGUGUCAUUGACAUCAUCUUGGCAUCUAGAGACAGCAAAUUUGGCUGACCUCAUGUAUCUAUAGGGCUAGGUGUGAUAUGGUGUUGCUCAUUAAAAAAAAUUUU